AUGGAAGAGUGUUUGCGGUUUUGGCUACGGGGUUGCGCUGUGUUCGGCAUCUACGUGAUACCCAUAAAGGAGCACUACACUGCGCCACACUGGCAACGGCUGUCACGAAAGAAGGGCGGCAGGCAAUUGGCUUGGACCGAAGAGAAGACUAUGCGCUUGACUAAUCUGCUGCAGCGUCUCUAUUUGGCGACGCUCGCCGUAACUGUUUGCGUACUCUACUUACACGGUUUGUAUGCGCGUGAGAUUGAGCACGGUUUCGUGCUUACCUGGUUGGUCGCGACUUUGGUCUACACAUCACAGGUGCUUACGCAUCUCUCCAUCUUUAUGGCCGCGCUGUGGAAGCGUGAGCAGCAUGAGUCAUUCCUACAGCUGUUGCAGCAAAUCGAAGUGUCACUGAAGUUGCGCUUGAAAUGCAAUACGCGUCAGAGCGCGCUGCUGCACAGCUUACGUUUGCUGCUCUUCUCUUUGAUACUGCUGUCGGUGGUGGGCAUUUGCGUAUUCACCGUCGUUUCGGUGUGGCUCAACGAUAUCGGUUAUUACUGGCAUGCCGCUUGGACCAUCGUUACGUUGCGCGUACGCAUACUACAGCUAUUGAUUUAUGCGCGCAUCUUGCGUCACUAUUUGGAUUGUGUGUGUGUCAAGCUACGACAAGUGGUUGCUUGUCGCACUUCACCCGGCAGUCAGCUGUUGGAUAUUAACUAUGAGCGGUUCGAGUCUUUGGAGUUUCUGCUGGCAAUCAAAGAGAAUUAUACGCUGAUCUUUAAAGCCGUGCAGCUGUUCAACGACUUUGCCGGCUGGUCACUCUUCGGCAUCAUUUCGAGUUACAUGCUGGACUUCACAUGUCACGUCUAUUGGUCGUUGCUGGGUUUGGAUGGCUACGGUUCGCCUUACACUUAUUUAGUGGGCAUGCCGGCGGCUUUGCCAUUCAGUGUGAUAGUUUGUCAUCUGUGCUAUGUAUGCGGCAAUUGCAAACAGUUGGGCGCCAUCAUAACAGAUUUGGUCAGCAAAUUGACUACUGUAAGAUCAACGCCGGCGCUGAAGCGCUACAGCUGUGUAGUGUAUCAGUUCUCAACGCAAUUAGAGCUGCAGCGCAUCGAGGUGACCGCUCAGCAUUUCUUUGUUUUGGACUUGCGCCUAAUUAUGUCGAUUUCUACCGCGAUUGCGACAAAUCUUGUAAUAAUGAUACAAUUUUUAAAAUCGGAGAAUUCAGAAAGCUCUGGCGCCUGA